CAAAAUGGUGCAUAUCCAGCAGACGCCAGUGAGGAGAGGCAUUCGGAGCAAAUACAGCAAGGACAGUCGUAUGCAUACAUCAUGUCAAUAGCACAUCGAAUGAAGUUGUCCCCUAACAGUUUGGUAUCAAGUGUUGAAGGAAGGUUGUUCCAUAAUGUAUUUAACCACCUGGUCGAUGCAAUUCUAUCUUCUCAGACUGUUGGGAGUGAAGAUAAGGCUAUAGAAGUGAACAUCAGCUCGGAUGGGUCGCCUCUUGUUGGUAGAGAAUGUCUCCUAAGGAAAAUCUUGGCUCUCCUGCUCUGCAUGGCACGUCGGCGCCUUUAUGAUCCACUAUCUGACACUGAAGUUGUGUACUACAGAGAAAUUAAGAGACAUAUCAGAUGUGUUAUUGCAUACCAUGGAGCGAAGGGGAAAUCGGAAGAUGUCCAGUGGGCAUAUUCAACGGAUCCUGCAGGUUAUCAUAGUUUGUCAUGUUCACAAACAAUAUCAGCUGUCGAGGAGCUUAUAGAGUUAACGGGCUCUCUUGCAGAGUUGAUCCCGCAAUUUCAAGAGUUGGGUCAGAACAAUGGUAAGUGAAGUUCAUGUUUUUACUCAAGGCCAACCAAUCCUCCGGGUUUUUUUUAUGCUGUCUGUUUAUGUUUUCAUACUCCUGCUUCCUGUAGCAGUAUUGCUUGUCGAACCAGUUUUAUUUUGUUGCACAAUGUACUAGGUUGCAUUAUCGGACCAAAAACCAUCGGGUGGACAGCGCCCGCGUCGUUCCUGGGGGCGGCUCGGGCGAAACCCUAGCCGCCGCCGCCCCCGACCUCCCCAGCCCUCCUCUCCCCUCGCCGUCGCCGGAGGAAGCCGGUGGACAAAGCCCGUCCGGCGGACGGCGGCGGCGGGGCUUUCCCGUGGUUGGCUGGUUGCGGCAGCAGAUCAAGGCGCGUGGGCGAGGAUGCGGAGCGGGAGGCGCCUAGGCGUGCGGCGGCGCGAGGAGCGGGCUGCCAGGUGGCGCCUGGGUGAGCGGCGUCGGUUGGCGGUGCAGAUCCAGGCCUGCGCGGCUGCGGCGUGCUGUUUCCGGGCAGCGCAGCGGCGGCGGCCUUCGGCGCAGCUCUGCGAGCCCUCCAGCGGUGCUCCUCAACUAUCGCACAACGUCACGACGCCGGGGCGAGGCCGCGACGUCGAGGAGGCAGCACAGAGGCCACGAGGGAGGCGCAAAGGCCGCGAGGGCGCGGGGGAGCGUGGCCCGGCGGUUCGGGCCGCAUCUGGGCCUGAACCGGGCCAGAUCUGGGGCGCGUGCGGGCUCCUUGGUGGCUGGCUUCGGUGCAGCGGUUGCUGUUGGCCGGAGGUGCCAGUUUGGGGGCGAGUGUUGGUGGCUCCGGCUGGGGCGCGAGGUGGCUGCUGCCCCGACGGAGCGAGGCAGCGAGGGGCUUGUGGCGGCGGGCUGGAUCUGGCCUCGGUGCAGGCCGCAUCUGGGUGCAAUGUGAAGAUGCCGCUGCUGCUCGGGCUUGAUCUGGGUCUGAGAGGGCAGCGGUGUGUUGCGUGGUUCUGCGGGGGGUGGACGUCGAUGUGUGCAGAGUUGCAGCAGCGUGCUUCUGUCAUGUAACGAUGUGGUCAGAGCCGAAGUGUCAGUGGAGCUUCUUCUGUGUCCAUUUGUGGUGAAGUCGGUGUCACCGGUACGAGGGCUGUGUCGAUGACGAUGCCACCGUGGUGGACGCGCUGCGUGUUUCUUGUGGCAUGGUGGUGACGGUGCUUCGCGUUUGGUGGGGUCAAUGUGCGGCUAUUUGCUUGGGCGUCGGUGUGUGGGCCGAUUGUUUGGCAUAGAUUGACGCGGGCUUCGAGCGACUGCCGUGGCGAGGGCUUCGUCGAUGGUCAUGUGUGGUGAAGUCGGAGUCGCCAGCUCGGAGAGUGAUGUGUGAUGACGAUGACACUUGCGAACAAUCUCGAUGACGGUUUUUCUUCUCGACAGCUCAUGUGGAGUGCGUUUGGUAGCCAGGUCGGCUUAGUGGUGUCCUAAGGAUUGUCAUCUGUAACGGAUCUUGGGAGCGUUGUAACGGUUUUUGCCCGGUUUUCGUUAAUUAACCGGGACUCAAAACUUCUUCUUAAUUAAUGAGAUGAGGCAAAGAUUUUGCUUCCGUUUCGAAAAAA